AUGCCAGAAGGGCUAGCAAAAAAAGUAGAGAAAGCAUUAUUAGAAGUAUUAGAAAUGGCAAUAUGUCAGAAUUUUAAAGAGAGUAGUAAAUUUGUUAGAGAUCAUCUUAGCUAUGUAAAAAAAAUGCGAUUAGCAGAAAAUCCUGAUGGAUAUGCUAAAUAUAUUGCAAAAAAACUGAUUCCAGAUGAAAUAUCAUAUAAUAUAAGAAUAGAGAAAGUUCAAACAUGGUAUCGAGAAGAACUGUGUACUAAACUAGAGAAAUUAUAUAGCCUUUAUUAUGAAAUAUCUCAGGAAGAAAAAUGUGAAAUAUCUAAAGAGAAUGUGAAAGGAAUUAUUCAAGAACUUCUUAACAUGUCACUUACAGAUGAUUAG